AUGCCUGUUCAAAAAUAUCCGCUAUCACCACCCAGCCUCGAUGAGCUGGCCCAGACCUUGAGCGCGCCACUUGCAGCCAACUAUGAGGAGUCGGCAGUGAGUGUCGUUGACUGCCCCGAUCUUCGGCAGGCGCCCUUCCAUCUCGCUUCCCAGGGUUUAUCGGGAGAUGAGAAGAUUGCGGAUGUCGGUGGCCAGCCGAAUCUUUUCCCCCAGCCUAAUCUCGAGAGCAAGUGGUCAAUGGUCAGCAUCGGCACAGCUAUAGACAUGAGCGCCGAUAAAGGAUCUCUCAUUGGGGCUGGGGCGGGCCCAUUUCACAUCCUGGGACAAAAUUCCGAGCUGGCGCCAAAUCUAAGCUGGAAGGACGGCACCGUCACUAAUGAGUCUCGCUUCAUCAAGAUCGACGGGGCCACCAACGCUGUUGUCGUCGACAAGAGUCCAUCCGUGGACUGCGGACUGAUGGUGAAUCUGUUCGGAUCCCUGGGCGAGCCAGGCCCGGUACUCAAAAUCACCGCGCGGAAGAGAAAAGGUCAGGAGAAGAGUUUCUCGGAAUGCAUCAGAAAGGGCCUGCAUGCUGCCUACGGCGACUUGCGGACGGUCAGUCUCGGGGGCGUCUUUGUCGUCAAGUCAGGGAAAGCCCUCUACCACGUAAUGCCGGACUUCCCCUCUCAGCCCUUCAAUGGGCGGAAAGACGUAGACAAUUGGCUCACAUUCCAUGAUUUCAAUGGACCCAUCGUCUGUCUCUCCGUCCUACAUUCAGCCGACCCUGGCAAUGAGAUGGGGCUGCGGAUAGAGCAUACGCAUUGCUUCUCUGCGACAGGAGAGAACUCUGGGGGUCACUAUCAUUAUGAUCUUGAUGUCACGGCAGAAACAGUCGAGUACGAGGCGUACUUUAACACUGCCAAGGUGAUCUAUCGAAUUGACAGAGCCACUGCGGCCUAG